CACACGAGCUGAGCGAAAGAAAAGAGGCGCGUGAGACGCGAUGGACUCGAUGGACUCACUGUCAGCUGCAGAUCCGGCAGCGGAGGUUGCUCGACUGAAGAGUGAGGUGCAUGCCAAGGACGAGGCACUGAAUGCGCUCAAGGCCAAGACCAAGGCGUUCGUGGACAACAUGCGCAGCCAGUUGGCCUACGAGACGCAGAAGGUCACGGCGCUCGAGGCGAAGCUGAAGGAGGCCACCGUCACUGCUGCAGCUUCACCGGCACCUGUAGACAGCGCGGAGAAGCAGCGUCUGACGGAGGAGAUUGAGAAGCUCAAGAAGGAGACGACCGCGCGCGAGAACGAUCUCAAGACACGCGCCAAGUCCUUCGCGGACGCGAUAAGCUCGCAACUGGAAGCAGAAAGGGAGAAAUGCCGCGACCUCGAGGCGCAGCUGCAGCUAAGGACUGAAGCUCUUGCAGCCGCGGAAGCUGCGAAGGCUGCGGCUGACCAAGCUAAAGAGAUGGAUUUCCUCUCUCAACCAGUGAUGGCUACUGGCUCACACACGGAUGACGAGUUUAACGCCGUGCAGUCUCAAUUAAACUCUGCAAACUUCGAUAUGGCUGACCUGCGUGAACGUCUACGCAGCGUGGAAACUGAAGCCUCGCAGUCAGUUCAGCAAGCUUUAAGUCUCCGUCAGGAACUGGAGACGUUGCGUACCUCCUCGGAGCAGCAGCGCGGUCAGCUACAAGCAGAAGUUGAGGCGCUAAAGGCUCGUGAAAGCUCUCUUCAGACAGAACUCGAUUCGCAACAGACUCAAGUGAAAGACAGCAGUCUGCUAGAAGCUGACACGACAAAGACCAGAGAACUGGAGUUCCAGUUGGAGCAACACAAGAUUGAGAACCAGCAUCUCCAGAAACAGCUAUCAGACAAGGAUUUCCAGCUAGAGCAGCUGGACAGCUACCGUCGGCGAGCGGAUGACAGUGAAGCCAAGACCCUGCAGCAUCAAGCCGAGAUCUCUGCGCUUCAGAACCAACUACAGACCAAGAGCAACGAGUUGGCGUCGUAUUCGUGCAGCAAAUGCACCGAGCUGGGGGAGAAGCUUGCCGAGAUCACGCAACUCUAUGAGAAGGUGAAUCUUGGCAGGUCUCGCAGCGACAGCUUGAUCGCCGAGACACAAUCUCAGCUCGGAGAGAUGCAGACCAUCAAGCAGCAGUACGUGGCAUCCCAGGAACGUCUCGAUGAUAUGAUGAAGCAGAACCUCAAGCUCAACGAGAAGAUCUCUGAAAAGGAGGUCGAAGUGACUACACUGAAGGCUGAGAUGAAGAAGUGGAGCAUGGAAAUGGCCGAGCUCCAGGCGCAGCACAGUUCUCUCAAGUCUGACACCUCGGAACACCGUCAACGCUCCGAGUCGGUCCAUGCAGAGUUCCAGAAGGCGGAGACGACGCUCAAGGACCUGCAGACCAAAUGUGCGCAGCUUGAGAAGAAGAAUCAAGAACUAACGACAUCGAUUGAGACUAGCAACAAGGAGAACACGGAUAAGCGUCAGAAGGCGAAGGCUCUUGUACAGUCACUAGUCAGUGAGAAAACAGGCUUGCUCGAGUCUAGAAGCGCACUCCAGAAGGAAGUGGAUCGACUGAGGAUGGAGGUUAACCAGCGCAACGUCGACAACGACCAGCAAGUCAAGCAACUUCGAGAGGAGACGAACGACAAGGCUGCACAGAGCACAGCGACUAUCCAAAGUCUCACGGACGAAGUGGCGCAAUUGAAGCACGCUCUCACUACGGUGCAAGAGUCGGAGAAGGUUCAGCAACGAGCCAAGGAACUCGCAGCAGCGAAGCGCGAGAUUGAGGACUCGAACAAGAAGCGACUGGCAGCGAAAGCCGAGACGCAGAAGCUGGCGGUGGAGCUCGAGAAUGUUCACAAGUGUCUUGACCACAUUACGACGCACGUCAACGCCAACUGCACCGAGAACGUCCAGCAGAUUGCUCUGGUCCAAGGUCAUGUCAAGGAAGCGCUCGAGGUUUUGGAGAAACGAGCUGGCGUAGGGGCUCAAAACAAGCAGAAAACACCGGAAGACGACACGGCGGAGAUCGUCCGUAAGGCAGAGGCGCUUUCCGGUGUACGAAGCGGAAAUGCACAGCAGAAUCCGGGGGCGAAGCGACUGGAAGAGAACGUGUCGCGUGUCAGCGAGCAGAUACGACAGCUAGUGGACAUCACCGAGCGCUUGUGCGACAUCGCAGUGGAGCAGAACGACGCGAACCUGAAGGAUAUUAUCUUCACCAAGCUCACGCAGACCUUCACCCAGUGCUUCGCCGAGAAACUCCAGACAGUCUACAACAAGGCCGACGAGGCGGUGAGUCUGCUGGAUGCUCACGGACCAACGUCGGAGAGCGGACACGCAGCUGUUAGGCCCGUCAGCUAA